AUGGCUGUGAAAGUGAGGUGCUUCGUGCCCCAGGGAGCCGAGGACGAGCACUGGGGGGCUGCCUCCAUGUACCCCAAAGGAAUAGGAUUUGUCUCUGCGGUGAGAAAGGAGAUAUCUAAUUUUCAGACAACAAGGGAAAGGGAAGGAGAUACAUGAUCCUCGGACAUAUACUAUGUGACAAACACCGUCCAUGGCACUGCACAUCCCUGUGUUGGAAAGAGGAUGCAGCCGUCUCAGCCCCCAGUAGGGAAGGGUGGAAAAUGCUGUGCAUGGGUGAGUGUGCACAUACUCACAAGGAGGAUACAUAAUGUACAGCCGAAUCCGCAAUCUCCUAUUUUGUCAGCUGCUUGUGUUGAUUAA